AUGGUGCUGCACUCGGUGCGGGCCGGCAAGAUUACCACGCAGCCCAUGACGCCGUUCAUACCGCCGGCCGACAAGCGCUGGGUAAACGCCUUCCCCCGAGCCAAGGGGCGGCUGCAGUACACCAUCAAGACCAACACCACCAUCGCCAGCGUCACCAACGCCGCGCACACCCUCACCGACAAGAGGGGCCCCUCCCAGCUGCGCUCCGGGAAUAGAGGGUGGAUAACAAAGGCCUUCGGGCAGGCUGCAGAGGAGAGGAAGAGGACCUUUACAGUCCUAGCAAAGGGGAUAUUGAAGAGAGACUUGAAGGGGGUAACGGAGGAGGAGUUCGGCAGGUCGACUGGACUGUCGACAGUUGAAAGAGUUCGGUUCCGGAUCCCAACAAGGGAAGGUAUUACAAGGGCUACAGCCCUAAUUAGCCUGGCUAGCCAGGAGGAGGCAAAGAAGGCGUGUGAGGAAGGGGUCCUCUGGCAGGCUCAGCUAUUCGACUGCGAGCCAUACUGGGGAGCACUGCAGGCGACGCAGUGUUAUAAGUGCUGGGGAUGGGGGCAUACCCAACGGUUUUGCAAGGGAAAGGCUACCUGCCCGCGGUGUGCGGCAGGGGUACACGGGGGGGGCGGGAGGGCAGGGGAGGCCCAAUGCCCUACCCUGGAAAAUAGGAUCCCACUUAGGUGUACGGCCUGUGGAGGGAGGCACCCGGCCUGGGUACGGUGGUGCCCGGAAGCAGUUAAAGCCCGGGGUGCGGCAAGGGAGGCAUACUUUUUCCGGCCGAGGACCUUUGAGCUGGCCCUUCAGAACAAACAACAACGACAACAGCCACUACAACAGAUGCGGAAUAUUACCUUCCAGGGGGUCCAAGACCCAAUGGAGGAAGCCGACGAUGGCUUCCAAGAAGCAGGAAAAAGGAAGCGGCUCCGGGGUCGACCCCCCGGCUUCGCUAUAGCCCAGGAGGGGGCAAGAAGAGACCCGAGGCAGGGAAAGCUAACCUUUGCGAUGCGGGUUAAUACAGCGCUGGCCGGCCAAGGCCAGGAGGGAGGUAUGCAGGGGGCUGAGUAG